GAUUUGUUAGAAGAAGUUGAUUAUUAAACUUCAUUUAUAACUACGUUCAACAGAUACCAUAAAAAUGAAAUCCCAUCAAUUUUGUCAUUAAUUACAAUAACCAAAAACAAGGCUUCCAGAGAAGAGUCUCAACAUGUAUUACUGUCAAAUAUAUACAUCUAUAACGUUACCCAGCUUUUUAUUUUCACCAUUUUCUUUUCCUGCAAAAUUUGAUUUUCUUUUUUCAAAUUCCAAACAUAAACAUGGGACUCGGAGAUCUUUAUCUCAAACUUAAGGCAUUUAGACUGAGGCGUGGUGGUGGUGGGAGGAAGAAAACGGAAAAGAAGGCUUUUUGGUGGGUGCCAGUUUAUCAUGGGUUUCAUGUUGUUGUUGAUGGUGAGUCAGAUUGUGACUCGGUGGUGGUGCAAAGAGAGCAAUUUGGAGAGACUGAGUUGUGGUUUUUUGGAGUUUUUGAUGCUGAGGUUGGUGAUGGAGUCACCAAAUAUAUGCAGUCUCAUUUCUUUAAUAAAAAUCUCAAAGAGUUUCAGAUCAGGAGAAAGAGCAAAGAAACAAUGAGAAAAGCAUAUCUCAGAGCAAGAGCAAAAGUGAGAGAGGCACAUAAAAAAGAUGAGACAUGGAAAGUGGGUUCAGCUUCUGUGAUGGUGAUAAAUGUAAAAAAGCUUGUCAUAGCAAACAUGGGUGACUACAAAGUGGUUGUUUGCAGAGAUGGUGUGGCUCAUCAGAUUGAUAAUGGACAUUUACAAACUUCCAGAAGACAUUGGACUAGAAGACUUUUGUCUGCUGUACGCAUAUUGGCGUGCAAGGCAGGCAAUGCAGUAGCUGUGAAGCAGUCAAGAGGCGCAGAAAUUUCAGUUGGGGCUGAAAAGAUGGACUCUGAUACUGAAUUUGUCAUCAUAGCAAGCAUUGGCAUAUGGGAGGUCAUGAAGAAUCAAGAAGCUGUGAAUCUUAUUAGGAACAUAGAUGAUCCACAAGAAGCUGCCAAGUGCUUGGCAACGGAGGCUUUAACUAGAAUGAGCAGAAGCAACAUUUCUUGUCUAGUUAUCCGCUUUGACUGACACAAGAUUUUGGCAGUGAUUAUUUUUAAUGCAUGGGCAAAAACAGGCAACAAGAACAGAAAUUUUCCAAACAAAUAUUUGAUGG